GUGUAUCAGAGUCAGAAAGACGCGCGAGAUCGUCGAGGACAGAUGAACGUCCGUGCUUUAUGUACAAUUAGGUCUUGAAAUUGCGCUUUAGGUGUAGGACGAAAGGUAUCCAUCUUUUCCUGCACUGUCGAAUAAAUCUCCGAACUAUUCCAACGGACAACAUGAUUUGAGGAAAGUCCGAAUCUGAAAUCUGACAAGCACCUCUUCAUACAAUCAUUAACCAGACAAAUUCAAGCUGGUGCACUGUGAACGGUAUAAAGGGAGCCGAAGAAAUCAGAGUGGGAUCUUUCUUCACCAGGACGCACCAUGCAGACUUCCACUGGAUGGGUUGUGUGGAUUUUAGUCGGCACCUUCAGUUUGGCAGCAAGUGGACUAACAGAGAUCCGAUGGUGUGUUACUUCUCCUCCUGAGAUGAAAAAGUGUAGCCAAAUGAAGGAAGCUUUUCAAUCUGCUAAAAUUCAACCCUUGAUAUCCUGUGUUACUGGAGACUCGGCCAUGGAUUGUGCAAAAAAAAUAGCGAACAAGGAAGCGGAUGCAGUCUCUUUGGAUGCUGGGGACCUCUAUCAAGCUGCAAGGGAGUAUAAACUAAAGCCUGUGGUUGCAGAGAAAUAUGAUCAAGAAGUUGGAACCUUUUAUUAUGCAGUAGCUGUUGUUAGAAAAUCUGACAGUUCAACCACGAUUAACAAUCUGAAAAUGAAGAAGUCCUGCCAUAGUGGAUUUAGUACAGCAGCAGGAUGGAAGGUUCCCAUCGGUUAUCUGAUUAAUACCAGGAAGAUGUCUGUGAUGGGCUGCAAAUUUUCACAAGCUGUGAGUGAUUUCUUCGCUGAAAGUUGCAUCCCAGGAGCACAGGGUGUGGAUUUCCCACCAAGUCUUUGCCAACUGUGUGUUGGUGAUGAAGGGGGAAAAAACAAAUGUGUGGAAAAUUCGAGUGAGAGAUAUUUUAGUGACAGUGGAGCAUUCAGGUGCCUAGCUGAAAAUGCAGGUGAUGUCGCCUUUGUUAAACAUUCUACUGUGUUGGAUAAUACGGAUGGAAAUAAUAAUUCUCCAUGGGCACAGGCACUGAAUUCUACUGAUUAUCAACUUCUAUGUCGAGAUGGAAGCCGCGCUGAAGUUUCAGACUGGAAAGCAUGCCACCUCGCCAGGGUGCCCACCCGUGCAGUGGUAGUGAGAACGGAUACUGAUGGCACAGCCAUCUUCAUCUUACUGGAUGCAGGUCAGAAAAAGUUUGGCAUUACCUCUGCUGGAUUUAAGAUGUUUAAUUCCACUUCAUAUGAUGGCAAAGACCUGCUGUUUAAGGAUGCCACCAAAGAAUUUACUCUCAUCAAAAACCAAACUUAUCAGGCCUGGUUGGGGACAGAGUAUCUACAAUUCUUGAAAGGAUUUGAUUGUUACAGGUUGCCGGAGACUCUGCGCUGGUGCACACAAUCCAGAAGUGAAAUAUUGAAAUGUGGAGAUAUGGCUAUAGCAUUCCAAAGCCAAAACCUGACACCAUCAAUUCAAUGUGUAUCAGGUGACAAUCCCACUGACUGCAUGAUAAAAAUUAAGGAAAAAGAAAUUGAUGCAGUAACCUUGGAUGCAGGACAGAUUUACACAGCUGGAAAGCUGUAUGGAUUGGUGCCCGCUGCAGGGGAAAGUUAUACAAGUGAUAAUGAAGGAGCAUCAUAUUAUGCCGUGGCAGUAGUAAAAAAGUCGAGUCAUAACGCCUUCACCAUCAAUCAGUUGAAAGGAAAGAAGUCUUGUCACACUGGGCUGAACAGAACUGCUGGGUGGAACAUACCCAUUGGUACACUGAUGGAGAUGGGUGAAAUCAAAGCUGACAAAUGCAAGAUUGCUAAAGCCGUCAGUGAGUUCUUUUCGGCAAGCUGUGUGCCGGGUGCAGGUCAGAAGGGCUAUCCGUCAAAACUUUGUGAACUGUGCAUCGGGAAUGAGAAUGGGCAAUCAAAGUGUGCCUUCACAGCAGAGGAACGAUACAGUGGUUAUACUGGAGCAUUCAGGUGUCUUGUCGAAGUGGGGGAUGUGGCAUUUGUCAAGCACACAACAGUUACUGACAACACUGAUGGGAAUAACAAGGAAUCCUGGGCGGUAAAUCUAACAUCCAGUGAUUACCAACUGCUGUGUCCGAAUGGAGCUCGGGCAGAGGUGCACCAGUGGAAGGAUUGUAACUUGGCCAGAGUCCCAUCUCAUGCAGUGAUGGUCCAUCCGUCCACACCCAUCUCUGUAGUCUUUGGUUUACUUGAUAAAGGACAGGAGCACUUUGGAUCCAAGAGUAAUCCCAGUGGCUUUCAGAUGUUUAAUUCAUCAGUGUAUGGUGGAAGUGAUCUGCUCUUUAAAGAUUCUACCGUUAAACUCAUAUCGAUAGGAGAAAAAGAUACUUACGAUAAAUGGCUUGGAAAAAGCUACCUGGAGGCAAUUAAAAAAACUGAAUGCUCAGCUGCAGCAAAUCCAUUGAGAGUGUCGUUACUGCUUCUACUCAUUUUAAUUCUGCACAGUUUCUGUGUAUAAGUGGCACAUCUUGACCUGCCAUCAUGAUCUGUUUCAAAUCAGAAGCACAGAUGAGUUGUCCUUGUUGAACCG